UUGGCAUAAAUUGUGAAUUUCUUGAUAAAAUUGUCCAAGUAUAGUUUGAAAAUGCCGGUAGAUAUUAAUCGGCUUACGGAUGGGUGGCUGGAACUUGAAAGUGACCCUGGUUUAUUCACACUUCUGCUGGAAGACUUUGGCGUAAAAAGCGUUCAAGUUGAAGAAAUUUACGAUUUGCAAAAAAACAUUGAAGGACCAGUUUAUGGCUUUAUCUUUCUUUUCCGCUGGAUCGAAGAACGACGAGUACGACGAAAGAUUGUCGAAACAACAGAAAUCUACGUCAAAGAUGAGGAAGCAGUAAAUAAUAUUUUCUUUGCACAGCAAGUAGUUCCGAACAGUUGUGCAACUCACGCCCUACUCUCGGUGUUAUUAAAUUGCUCCGAUAUUGAUUUGGGGACAACAUUAAGCAGACUGAAAGUGCACACCAAAGGAAUGUGCCCGGAAAACAAGGGUUGGGCUAUUGGAAACACGCCGGAACUGGCGUGUGCACAUAAUUCCCAUGCUAUGCCGCAGGCUAGAAGAAGGAUGGAUCGAAACUCCGGAGUUAGCACUGGAAGGUUUACGGGUGAAGCAUUCCACUUUGUUAGUUUUGUGCCUAUAAACGGACAUCUUUUUGAACUAGAUGGAUUAAAGCCAUUUCCGAUGGACCAUGGACCUUGGGGAGAGAAAGAAGUAUGGACAGACAAGUUUCGUCGUGUAAUGUCUGAGCGGCUAGGGAUCUCUACAGGCGAGCAAGAUAUUCGGUUUAAUCUAAUGGCUGUUGUGCCAGACCGACGAAUUGCAAUUACUCACAAGCUGAAAAUGCUUCGUACCAAUCAAACAAUUGUUUCUGCCGCUUUAGAGAAGCUACUCAAAAGUAAACAGCCUGAGAAUAAAUCUCAAACAGAAUUUAAGGAAACGCUCGAUAAUAUUAAAAAAGAAGAGAACUCUCCUGUUAAGCUGAGUUUAGAAUAUUCCCAGUUGCUGGAUAUGAAUGAAAAGGAGGAAUCUGCGGUUCAUAUGUCCAAAGAAUUGGAAUCACUAGUUUCGCUGAACAGUUCAUCCGAUUCGGUUGAAAUAAUAGGUGAAACAGAAAUUAAGCAGGAGAAUCCAACUCCAUCGCCGCCGCCUUCUUUUAUUGGCGCUGGUACUUUUUCACCAAAAGAUCUGCUCUCAUUGUUAAAAAAUCUUGAGUCAGAAAUCAACAUUACCGAACAGCAUUUGAGUGAUGAAAACGAGAAAAGAGCCAUGUUCAAGGUAGACGAUUGCCGUCGCACCCAUAACUAUGACGAAUUCAUCUGCACCUUCCUGUCGAUGCUAGCCCAUCAGGGCAAACUGGGCGAACUUGUAUCGCAACAUUUAAUAACCAGCCGAAAACCCAGCAUGGGCGGUGUUCAAAAUAGCGGAUCUCGAGGUGUGGUUAGAAAUUACAACAAGAAAAAUGCCACCAAUGGUUCUUCACCCAAAACACCAAACUCUAAGCGACGCCGUGGCCGGACCAAGUAUCGCAAAAGGAAGUAACGGACCGACCCUGAUGACUCCGAUUAUAAGACUGGAGCGCCUUCCGUCGCUGCUGAGGGAGGUGAGUGCACAUUUGGAGGGGGUAUUCUAUUUAUUUCUAUCUUCUCAACUGAAUACUUUGAAUUUACAAU